UCACUCUGACAAAUUAUCAUUUGUCCUUUUUGGUUUGAGCUUUAUAAAAACUCAGAUGAUUUGUGUGACUUAAUUUGUGAUGACCCGGCCAUUGCUGAGCUUUUACCUGCAGUCAUGGGCCGUUGCAUUAGCUGUGUGCAGAGGAUUAGACGCCACUCAGUUUAUAUUAGGGGUUACUUCUGCUUGCUGCUCAACACUAUACUCUGACGGCUCCUAUUGGCUCUGUGUCCAGGCUUUGUAAGGAUGCAGUCUGUGGACAGCAGUGUCACAUAGGAUCUGCUUUCUGUUGAAGGCGUUUUUCAAGAAACUGGUUGCAUCAAACAAUGUGCACCAUGGGAUUUUGUUUCCUACUACUGUUUGGGUUGUUGCAGAGGGUAUUUAUGCAGUUUCCUGAACUGAUCAGAGAAGCAGAAGGCAGUGCUGAGACUGAAUGGACCCCACAGCCAGGUGUCCUGGUGGAUGACACAUACUGGUCUGGGACAGCACCUCUUUGUUUAGGAGGCUGUAAAUCACAACACCAGGAGCUGAGAAAAGAUCACUGUGGAGACUCAAACUGCUGCUGGCUCGGCUUCAAGUCCCUGUGCAGAAUUAACUGUGGGAAGCCAGAUGUGGACUUUAAUGGAGUAGUGUAUGGUACUGACUGGUGGGUGGGCUCUGUUCUGAGAUACACAUGUCACUCCGGGUUUAUGCUGAUGGGAAACUCGACCAGAUCCUGUCAGUCUAAUGGCACCUGGACCCCGAAACCUACCUGCCUCAGGAUGUGUCAGCGAGGCCGCAUUGAAAUCAGUGAGAAAGAACUCAAUGGUUCCUGCACCUCCAGCUGUGCUUACAAGAGCUACUCUGGACCUCCUAAACAAGGAUGCAUCCGCAUUGACAACUGUAAGAAAAAGCAGACAAGCUGGCAGCGUUUCUUUGCACAGUGUGUCCCCUGCAUUUGUGACUGCUAUUCAUCUUGUGGUGAGAAGCAUCUUGAAGGAUGUUGCAAGGUUGUCUUUCAAUUAAAUGCUAAUCCUUAAUAUUUGUGGCUUUAUAUUUUUAGUAUCUGUGGGCUAAACUGUUCGACACUGCCGUUUGGAUGGAGUGAGCGACCAGCUGAAAGAAACCGACAGAUGUGCUUUACAAAGUUUUUUUUCCUUCUGUUAUAUGACAUUGUUCUUUUUGGCCAAAAUGUGGAUUUUUGCAGAAUUAAUUUGAGUUGUUCUUUUCUAUGAAAGGACUAUCUUGUGUGUUUAAUUUAAUAUCCCUGUCACACCU